AUGUCUCAGCACACGCUCCCCACAACAACGGAUACCGCUGCCAAUUACCUUGUCCCCAACACUCCACAGUCCAAAUCCCCAGCAUCCCCCUCCACCUUCACCACUCACCCAGCCCUCACACCCUACCAGAUCCCCUCUUCUGGCUACCUAGCCGCCCACCCCACCAUAACCUACAACAACCAAGCCUUCCCCAUCCGCCACCUCGCCGUCGGCGCCAUAGUAAUCACCCCACCGGCAACCACAACCACAUUCCCAGCCCCAACCCUUCAACCACCGCCCAGCUCAACCUCAACCUCAUCUUCACCACCACUUGAACCCACACCCAAAGUCCUCCUCCUCCGCCGCGCCCCAACAGACAGCAUGCCCAACCUCUGGGAAGUCCCCGGCGGCGCCGUCGACCCCACCGACCCCACCAUCCUGCACGCCGUCGCGCGCGAGCUCUUCGAGGAGAGCGGCCUUACCGCGGCACACGUGGGGCCCAUCGUUGGCGGCACCGCAUCUCGAGAUCCAGCUUGCAGCGACGAGGGAGCGCCGGCCCAAGUCUUCCUCACGCGCAGUGGGAAUCUGGUCGGGAAGUGGCAUUUCUUGGUUGGGGUGCGGGAGGUGGACAUGAGUGGCGUGAGGUGUGAUCCGGAGGAGCAUAGCGCGUUUGUGUGGGCGACCGAGGCGGAGGUGGAGGGCGGUGUUGUUGCAGGGGGUAAGAUGGAAAUUCCGUUCACGACAAGGGAUCAAAGGAGGGCGGUGCUGGAGGGAUUCCGCGUCUGGCGGGCUGUGGGGGCACAGGCGCAGGCGCAGGACCAGGACCAGGACCAGGAAGCACCGGCGUUAGGGAAAUAA